GAGCGUUACCGCAACUCAGACAAAGAGUCUAUACACUUACAAAUCCUCAAGGUCAUAAGAUACCAAGCACUUACGUACUAUGGACAACAGGAGAAAGUAGACGCCAUCAUCAAGGUAAACAAACAGCCUGAUGGAGGUGAAAGCCACUUAUCUGAUAUGAAACAUACUGUGUUUCACUCUCUUACUGAAGCAACCAUACGAGCAGCAGCAAAAGUACAGGCAGAUCGAUUAUAUAUAGAGCGCAAGCGACACAGCUCGCUGACAACCACUCACAGCCAGUCUCAAACUGGCGCAACCACUGCGACCAAACGGCACAACCCGGACAAUGGCGCGCCUAAGCAAACCAAACAAAUAGAGCAAACCCAAGAAAAGAAAGGGGCACGCAAGGAGCUGCAUGACCUUAUUGUGUAAGGUGAUGCCAGCCCCACAUCGUCUCAGCCAAUGUCCCAUGAAGGC